UGUACUUGUUAUGUGGGAAACUGGCAUUGUUGUGGUCUUAUUGACGACCCACUGGCUCGAUAUUGGAGCGGGUUACGAAUCUGGUUAUCCAGAAAAGUGUAUUAGCAGACAACUUAUCAAUCGUUAUCAGUUGAAUGAAGAAAUUUACGGAGUUAAAGAAUGCGGCGGUAAAAAUGAAAAUCAGUUGCGUAAAAAACGUCGUGUUGACCACACAUUCCAUGGUAAUCCAAAGCCACGAGGAGAGCUUUUGACCAUGAAGUUUCACGUAAAUUCCUACAACUUUGAUCAGACAAACUCCCUGGUGGGGCUGGUUAACAAAAUUGCCCAAGAGUACCUAAGUAAAUGCCCUCCGGUCAUAUAUUAUGACAGUUUUGUGGAAAAAUCAGAUGGACUGAUUCUUGAAAAUUUGUUCAAGACCAUACCUAUUACUUUCUACCAUGGCGAAAUAAAUGAUGACUAUGAAUCGAAAAAUUCCCGUUUUACAAGCCACAUUGAUAGCAAUUGCAAAAGUUACAUUCUGUUCCUUUCGGACCCACUUAUGACGCGAAAGAUUCUCGGUCCUCAAACAGAAAGUCGUGUGGUGCUUGUCUCGAGGUCCACACAAUGGAGACUCCGGGAUUUUUUAUCAUCGGAGCUGUCCUCAAACAUAGUAAAUUUACUAGUUAUCGGAGAGUCACUAAUGGCUGACCCAAUGCGCGAGCGUCCCUACGUGCUCUACACCCAUAAGCUUUACGCAGAUGGCCUUGGCUCAAAUACUCCCGUAGUGCUCACCAGCUGGAUAAAAGGCGCCCUAUCGCGACCGCACAUCAAUCUUUUUCCACCGAAGUUUCAAUUUGGUUUUGCGGGCCACAGGUUUCAAAUUUCGGCAGCCAAUCAGCCGCCCUUUAUCUUCCGCAUUCGGACUUUGGACUCCUCUGGAAUGGGUCAGUUGCGCUGGGACGGAAUGGAGUUCCGACUGCUGACCAUGAUAUCGAAGCGAUUGAACUUUUCGGUAGACAUUACUGACAUCACAUCAACGCAGGCCUUUACGCGUGGAGUAGUUGAUACCAUUCAAAAGCAGAUUGUGGAGAGGACAGUGGACAUAGGAAUGUCGGGAAUUUACAUAACUGAAGAGCGGCUGCAGGACUCCGAUAUGUCGGUAGGACACUCACGGGAUUGUGCCGCCUUCAUAACACUCGCCUCAAAGGCACUGCCCAAAUACAGAGCCAUCAUGGGUCCGUUUCAGUGGCCUGUCUGGGUGGCUUUGAUUUGCGUGUACCUUGGAGGGAUAUUUCCGAUCGUCUUUACUGACCGUUUGACACUUAGCCAUUUAAUGGGCAACUGGGGAGAGGUGGAGAACAUGUUUUGGUAUGUGUUUGGCAUGUUCACAAACGCUUUCACCUUCACUGGCAAAUAUUCGUGGAGCAACACGCAGAAGAACUCCACACGUCUUCUGAUUGGAGCCUAUUGGCUGUUUACAAUUAUUAUUACAUCAUGUUACACAGGUUCGAUUAUUGCAUUCGUAACGUUGCCAGCGUUCCCCGACACCGUGGAUUCUGUGCUGGACUUACUGGGCUUGUUCUUUCGCGUGGGAACACUAGACAAUGGUGGCUGGGAGACCUGGUUCCAGAACUCCACCCACAUUCCCACGUCCAGGCUAUACAAGAAAAUGGAGUUUGUCGGGACCCUAGAGGAGGGCAUCGGCAAUGUAACGCAAAGCUUCUUUUGGAACUACGCCUUUCUGGGUUCCAAGGCUCAGCUUGAGUACCUGGUGCAAUCUAAUUUUUCGGAUGAAAAUAUUUCGCGCCGAUCGGCGCUCCAUUUGAGUGAAGAGUGUUUUGCUCUGUUCCAAAUAGGCUUUCUCUUUCCCCGAGAGUCUGUGUAUAAGCGCAAGAUCGACUCGAUGAUCUUGCUGGCACAGCAAAGCGGCCUUAUUGCCAAAAUCAAUAAUGAAGUUAGCUGGGUUAUGCAGCGUUCGUCCUCAGGUCGCCUUUUGCAGGCCAGUUCUUCGAACUCCCUGCGAGAAAUAAUCCAGGAGGAGCGCCAGCUAACCACGGCGGACACGGAAGGCAUGUUCCUGCUCAUGGCGCUUGGGUAUUUCCUGGGCGCCACUGCCCUGGUGUCCGAGAUCGUAGGCGGCAUAACGAACAAGUGCCGUCAAAUAAUCAAGCGCUCCCGCAAGUCGGCCUCCAGCUCUUGGUCAUCCCGCCACAGCUCGGCGGCAAGUGAGAUGGCACAGCGCACGGAGGCCGAGCAAUUGGCCCAUGAUGAACGGAAGGCCACUAGACGCGAAACCGCUGAAGAUGGCCAGAAGAUGAGUUUUGGAAUGCGGGAGUUCAAUCUCACCCGCACAACGCUGCGCGAGUUGUAUGGAAGCUACAGCAGACCGGAUCAGAGCUUUGGUCAGCAGGUUGCCGAUCACGUACAGUUGCAUUCCAGAGAAGGGAAAUACAACUACUUGGAUGAAGAGGAAUCUCGGGAAGCAAUCGCAUCUCUAGAGCGUUUAGACGAUUUUAUGGCCCAAAUAGAGAGUGAUCCUUCAGGGGAAUUUAUCCCUGAUGAAUUGUUUGGGUCCAACACAGAAAAAGGGGCCAUGCCUGAAAACCAUUAAGAGCACUAAUACAAAAAUGUCUAAAAUCUUUUAAUUUAAAUAUGAGUGUACAGUGGCUUAUUUAAACCACUUACUAUCAAAAACUUUAAGAGCCUAUAAGAAUUAAAGUAAAUGAGUU